UGCGUAUGUAUAUGUCAAAUAACAAACUGUCACUAAUCCGUAGAAAUUAAAAUUGUGUUACUUAGGAGUUUUUGUUGGUACCAACAUUUUUCCAUCUAGUUUUCGGGAAAAUGUCGUGUAACCGAAGUUUCUGUUAAUUCCUUGUGGGAAACAAGCAAGGACGGAAAGAAAAAUGACCAGCAAAAUGAAACCAACAAAUUCUGCCGCAAAAAAGAACGCCGUUUCUAAGGAGAGAAGAGAACCUUUGCACAUUUUGCAGCCAUCAGCCAUAGAUAAAGAAAACUUAGUCACUGUUGGCAGGAUGCUCAGAUCUACUAAACAAACUAAGAAAGUAAAGACUAAAAAUGUUGUAUCAGAGAAAACAAAACCUAGUCCUCCUAAUAAGUCCUCUAAACAGAUAAUGUUUCAAGACAAGGCUGUACAGACUGCUCGAGGAGAAAAGAUAAAAAUUGAAGUCGAAGAUUUAACAUCUACAGCUGGUCCUAGUGAAAAUUAUUGGGAAGUCUUAGCUGAAAGGCGACAAAUAGCACUUGAUGAUGCGUUAGAAAAAAUUAGUAUAUUAGAAGAACGUGUAGAAAAAUUAAGUGAACAAAAUGAAAGAUUGAAAGAGCAAAAACUCAUUCAUGAGGAGAUGUUGAAAGAGACAAAGACACUUAUUGAAGUGCUGCAGGAAAUGAUUGAUGGUGAUGGCAACGGUAUAAAUAAUUCAUUAGAUGACAGCAUUUACUAAGAUCGAAUGUAUAUAUAAUUUUUUAUAUGAUUAACACAUUUUUAUAUGAUUAACACAUUUUAUUAAAUACUAAUAUAAUUUAUAUACAAU